AUGGAACAACUCGAAGUGCCGGUGGAGCUGGUGUGUCACAUUCUCGGUUAUGCCGAGAGCCUGGCGUCGUUGGGGCGUCUGCGGCGGGUGUGCCAGCGCUGGCGCGACCUCAUCGACUCCUCCCCCUCCCUUUGGGCAAGGUUCUCGGAGUUGGAGAUCGAGCACAGCCGCAUAGAACCGGCUGCGCUCCACCGCUUGUGCGACCGUAUCCCUAAGACGCUCGGCGUUCUCUUGCCUCGUGGUGUGUUCCUACACUCGCAGUUGCGGCUGGUGGGCUGCUCCAAGGCGCUGCACCACCCCAUCACCACACUCCUGACAGCACCUCAAGGCUCUCAGGUCAAGGUGGUGCACAUCGAGAACUGCGACAAGAUCACGUCGGACGACGUUAGCCUGGCUGCCAUCGUCAACAACUGCCCUCUGCUCGAGACUCUCAUGUGCGUCUUCUCUUCUUUAUCGGCGUUGCCACUCCCUGUCAUCGACGGGCCGUGGGUGGGCAGCGGGAGAGCGCUCAAACCCGUGUGCUUGGCCUUGAUCCAGAUUCAUGAGCAAUAA